CAUAACCGGACGCUUCACUCACAAACAUUCACACUCACAAAUUCACACUUUUAAUGGAGCGAAACAACAACUACAAUCGCGUCGGUGGUGGCCGGAGCAACGGUGGCAGAGGAGGUGGUGGCCGCGGUGGUGGUGGUGGUUAUCAUCACGGUGGACGAAACGGAAAUUAUUCGCAACAAUACGGUAAUCAACAGCAGGAGUAUUAUGGAGGCGGUGGAGGUAGAGGCAGAGGUAGGGAUAGAGAUUCCGGUGGCCGUGGUCAGCAGAGUCAACGGACUCCGGCUAACUCUAGGCAGCAUGCCGAUCGAGUGCCCGAAGUCGACGCAUGGAGUCGUGUUGCGUCUGGUCAACCGGUUGUGGCGCAAAGACAAACCCUAGCUCCGAACCGGAAUGAUCGUCAGGUUCAAGAAAUUAAUGCAAAACUAUCAACUCUUAGUGUCACAGAACACUCAAAAGAUGGUGUAGCGAAUGCUCUUGUACCAAUUAAGCGUCCGGACCACGGUACGCUUGCAAUGAGAUCGGUGAAGCUUCUUGUCAACCAUUUUUCUAUCAAGUUUGAUCCAUCAAACACCAUACUGCGCUACGAUGUAGACAUACAACAAGCGGUUGAGCAAGAAGGGUCGUCAUCUACUCGUGUUUUGAAAAAGAAAAAAAGGAUUCCGUUACGACAGAUCCAGGAGAAGCUAUGUUCCGAAUAUCCGGACCGGUUUCCGUUACUCCAGACUGCUUACGACGGUGAAAAGAAUAUUUUCAGUGCAGUCUCAUUGCAAGCGGGAACUUACAGUGUUCAGUUAGAUGGUCGGUCUUACGUGUGCACCAUCAAGUUUGGAAAUGAGCUAAACCUUUCAAAGCUACAAGAUUUCUUGAACAGGAAUGCUGUGCACGUCCCUCGUGAUGUCCUGCAGGCUCUGGAUGUAGUAAUGAAGGCGAAUCUUUUCAGGGAAAAGGUUUCGGUUGGGCGGGGUAUGUACCCUCGAGUGCACCGAAGGGAAGACGACCUUCGUUGCGGUGUUGCUGCAUAUAGAGGGUCUCAACAGAGCCUAAAGGUCACUUCCAACGGGUUGAUAAUGUGUACAGAUUAUUCUGUUAUGCCGUUUCGUAAACGGAUUCCCGUUCUUGAUUUCCUAAAAGAACAUCUUCGUGUCAACGUCCAUGACAUCCCAAGCGCAAGGUAUUGGGUCAAAGUUGUGGCGGCAUUGACAGGGUUGAAGGUGACGGUGACUCAUCGUCGUACAAAGCAAAAGUACACUGUGUUUGGGUUGUCGGAGAAACCUACAAAGGACAUUUCCUUUGUACAAGAAGAUCUUGAAGGGAAGAAAGCGCCACAAGUUGUCAUGCUGACAGAUUACUUUAGAGAAAAGUGGGAUAAAGAAAUAGUGCAUAAGGGUAUUCCGUGUUUGCAAUUGGGGACCGUAAAAAGGCCGAACUAUGUUCCUAUGGAAUUUUGUGUGUUGGCUGAAGAUAGAAGGUUCCCAAAGGAGCAGCUGAGUAAGGAAGUUGCCAGGAGGCUGAAAGAUCUGUCUCUUCUUGCACCAGAUAAGAGGAUGAACGAGACAUGCGGUAUUGUUCGUGAAGAGUAUGCAAUAGGCAAGCCCGGUGCGGAGGUGAUACAAAAUUUCGGAAUCGGGGUUAGUAUGAACAUGACAGAGGUUGACGGACGCGUGAUGGAGCCACCUAAGCUGAAGCUCGGUAGCUCAAACGGUAAACCCAACAUCAUAACAGUUGACAAACAGAAAUGUCACUAUAAUCUUCUUCAAGGUAGAACUUUAGUCACCGGAAAAUCAGUUGAGAGGUGGGCAUUGAUAGAUUUCAGUAGUAUGCAUGAUGAGCUUUGGCUGGAUAUCGACUCCUUCAUUCCAAAGUUGAUGAAGAGAUGCGGAAAUCUUGGGGUACGGAUGAAAGAACCUCUUCGUGUAUAUCAGACCAACAUGCAGGAGUUGAAUAACGUUAAUACAGUUCGUGAACUUCUUAAAUGGCUUGUGGAGGAGUGUCGAAAGAUUGAUAACGGACGUUUGCAAUUGAUCGUUUGUGUGAUGCCUGAGAGACAUGAUGGGUACAAGUCUCUCAAAUUGGUGUCGGAGAUUGAACUUGGUGUGAUGACUCAAUGUUGUUUAUCUGAAAAUGCUAACAAAGGAAGUGAUCAGUUUCUUGCCAACUUAGGUUUGAAGAUCAACGCUAAGUUAGAUGGUUGCAAUGUGCAACUUGUUGAGCGGUUUCCUCGUUUCAGCAGUGAUGAUCGCUAUAUGUUUAUUGGAGCCGAUGUGAAUCACCCAGCUGCAUCGAACACCGAGUCCCCAUCUGUUGCAGCCAUUGUUGGCUCUGUGGACCCUGCUGCAACGCGUUAUGUCCCUCGUGUGUUCCCGCAAGAGCACCGCAAAGAGGAGAUUGUUAAUUUUGGGAGCGUGUGUUUGGACCUGGUCAACACAUACGCUAAAUUCAACGGAGUGAAACCGAACAAAAUUGUGGUGUUCCGUGAUGGUGUUAGUGAUGACCAAUUCGAGAUGGUUCUGAAUAAAGAAAUGGUUGAUAUGAAGAAAGCCAUUUACACUGAACACUACCGUCCGUUUGUCACAUUUGUCGUGGCGCAAAAGCGUCACACGACUCGCUUGUUUCUUAACAACGAGAAUGACAUCGGGAACGUGCCUCCGGGAACAGUUGUCGACACGAACAUCGUCCAUACGUCUAAUUUUGAUUUCUACCUUUGUAGCCAUUUCGGAGGCAUGGGAACGAGUAAGGCCACACACUACUCGGUGAUUUGGGAUGAGAUUGGGUUUUCAGCUAAUGAGAUUCAGAGGUUGACCUACGACUUGUGCUUCGUUUUUGCACGUUGCACAAAACCAGUAUCGUUGGUGACACCUGUGUACUAUGCGGAUCUUUUGGCGUACAGAGGUCGGAUGUUUCAAGAGGAGGUGAUGCAAAUGGAAGCCUCGGGUUCUGCUCCACCUUCAAGUUCGUUUGAUCAGGCCUUCUACAAUCUUGAUCAACACCUCAAGGACUCCAUGUUCUUCAUUUAAAUCCACUGCCUUGAGAUGGGUCGAAGACUCGAAGUGCCUAUAUGCAUAUCAACAUCCUUUCUAAACUGGAUUAGCGAAGGGGUUUGUGCGUGAAUCUAAUGCAUUUCGUUCUUUUUCAGUGUUCUUUUUAGUUUGUGUGUUUGAAUAAAACCUUGAGUAAAAGCUACAGGUGUCGCCUGUAGUCAAGGUCGGUUUGGUUUGGUUUGUUAUGUGUUUUACCUUUUAAUUUCCUUGGAGGUUGAAGGGUAGUUUAUGUUUUCAGAUGUUUGAAACGGUUGAUGUUAGUACUAUUUUGUAUUGUAUUGUGUGAUAAUUAUGCUCAGUUAUUGUAUUGUGUGUUCAGUUGUUA